AUGGACGAUAACCCCAAUAACAUCACUAUCAGCAGGUCCUUCAACCAACGCUUCAACGAAGCCAACAAGCUAUGGGAUGAGGAUCAGGUAAACGCCACUAUCGAGACAGCUCGCAAAAUCCUAGACGAUUCUGCUAUGCCUAACUACCAUCGCAUAGAGACGCUCAUACUGCUUGCUCUCGCACUUCCUGAUAAGGACGAGGCAAACCGACACUGA